ACUGCGGGGAAUAGUAAAUAACAAACAGAAAGUGAAAACAUCAUUCGAAGUUCUGACAUUGCACAUUUUUGAUGUUGUGGUAAUAGCUAUUUCUGUAAUUGAGAAGUUAUAUAUUGUUAAAAAUAAUUGGAGAAAAAAGAUAUUGUUUCAUUUCAUUCCUGAGGAUGUCGAUAGUGUGCGGGGAAUUUUAGCGAAAAAAUAUUGAUAACUUCAGUUGUCUUCUGCAACAACGUUGUGAAACGUACGUUGAUUAUCAGUGAAAUAGCAAAAAAUCAUGGACGCGCCAAACUAUACAAUUGAACUUCAGACGCAGAAAGUGAGACAGAGACUGAACGCCGAUCAGAUAAAACUAUGGCUGCCACCGUACACAGACACAGCUGACGGGAAACAGGGCCAGGGAAAUAUCCCAGAGGAACUGUGUGUAAAAUACUCCAAUGAUUUAAACAUUCCUGCCGCAGACAUCAGAGAAAUUCUCGAACAUUUGCGACAGCAUGCCUUGCAGAAAUUGGCAGAGAGGGAUCAGUUCCAAAAGACAGGAAAAGCAGUGUUGAAAAUAAAAGCAACAGGACUACGAGAAAAUAAGGAGAGGAUCUCACAGAUAGAGACAGUGGAAAUAUCCCUGACCAGUACAGGUUGUGAUUUAAGACAAAUGUUGGCCGAGAAACUGGGACUUCCAGCUCAUCAUCUGAAGAUGAUAUGCCGUGGUCAAGUAGUCAGUAUGACAAAGUCACUGCAAGAACAAAAUGUCAAGCAUGGUUCACAGCUGAUGUGCCUCUGUCUGUCUGUCUCUGAGGCGGAGGCUGCUCAGAAAGAGGAGGAAGUGAUGCAGAUGAUGAACACCAGGCAAGCUGCUGAGCUCCUGUCCAGCAAAGUAGAAAAAGAUGACUAUGAUGUGGACAUUCAGAUAGCAGACCAAUCAGGAAGACCUUUGAAGUUGCCACCAGAAGAAAGAAAGGCUCUUACACUUGCGAUGACUAUGCAUGAGAAAGGGAGGGUGGCCAUAAAGAAAAAGGAGAUCACAAAAGCCUUACUUCUUUUGCUGGAGGCAGAUAAGGAGUUCAGGAAAUGUGGAGCCAAUAUUUUGAGUGCCGUAGAUAACUAUGCAGUUCUCUGCUUAGACAUUGUUUGGUGCUACCUCUGUUUACAAAAUAUCGAGGAACUUCCAGAUGCAGAUCAACGAUUGAGAUCUAGUGAAGACUGUUUUGUAAGAAGUUAUGGAGCGAAUUUAGAGAGAUUGGCAGCAGUCAAAGGAGAAUCAGGAACACAGUUAGCAUUGUACAUGAAAUUACAUCUACUUCAAGGCAUUGUGGCUUUCCAUCAUCAUAGAAUUACAGAAGCUAAUGUACUCCUUAGAAAGGCUGAAGAAGAACUGAAGAGGUUACAGAUCGAUGAAAACCAACUGUCACAAAUGAUGGUGAUGGGUUUUAGUGAGAGAGAAGGUCGCCUGGGGUUAAGAGCAACCAAUGGGGACAUGACUAAAGCAAUACAGCACAUCAUUGAAAAGAGAAAAGAAAAGGAAGAAAUUGAGAAGAAGGUUAAAAAAGAAAGGAGACAGAAGAAAAUUCAGAGAGAUUUGGGCAAAACAGCAUCAGGAGCAAAGGUGGAUAUGUCUCUUUAUGAGAAUCUGAUCAGCAUGGGCUAUGGCAGGGGUGCUGCAGCAGCCGCCCUUAAACAGACUAACAAUGAUUUAAACCAGGCAUUAGAGGUCUUACAGUUACACCCAGAGCUCUUAAAUCUUCCAGAUCCUGAAAAGAAGUCAGUUGAUAUCACAGAUGACAUGAUUGCACAGGUGGUGGCUAUGGGUUUUGAUACCAUCAUGGCAAGCAGAGCUUUACAAUUAGUCAAGGGAGAUGUACAGAAGGCAAUAGAAGAACUGAUUCAGAAGGGAGGUAUUCUCCCACCAACACCAGAGGAGAGCUCACCCAGUAGUUCAGACAGUUCUCCCAGUGAGGCGGGGCCCAGCCACCGGUCUUCUGAGGAGGAGGAGAAUAAGGCGAUAAAGGAGCUGGUGUCUGACCUCCCUGAGGAUGAGGAGGACUACCUCGACCUCACGCUACAGGAGGAGGCACAGUAUCUGGAGGAGUACUUGGCUAAAGUCAACAGUGUCCUCUCUACCAACACCUAGUAACACAGGCUAGACAAGUCCUGGAUAUGUACAUCAUGUUGACAAAUCUAUCUAAAUACAUCUUGUAGACAGGUCUUCGCUAUUUGCACCAUGUAGACAAGUCUUGGCUAUUUACACCAUGUAGACAAGUCUUGGCUAUUUUCUCCAUGUAGACAAGUCUUGGCUUUAUACACUAUGUAGACAAGUCUUGGCUAUAUACAUUAUGUAGACAAGUCUUGGCUAUUUAUACCAUGUAGACUAGACUUGGCUUUUUACAUCAUGUAGACAAGUCUUGGCUAUUUACACCAUGUAGACAAGUCUUGGCUAUUUACGCCAUGUAGACAAGUCUUGGCUAUAUACACUAUGUAGACAAGUCUUGGCUAUAUACACUAUGUAGACAAGACUUGGCUAUAUACAUUAUGUAGACAAGUCUUGGCUAUUUAUACCAUGUAGACUAGACUUGGCUUUUUACAUCAUGAAGACAAGUCUUGGCUAUUCAUACCAUAUAACAAGUUUUAGUUAUUACUUAAUGUGAACAAAUCUCACAAACCUACACUUUCCAGAAAAGUCAGACAUCAACCUACACUAUACUGAAAAGUUUCUUCCACUUAUGCUAUGUAGAAAGAUCUUGCCUUUAGGACCAUGCAGAUAAGCUCAUUUACAUAUAUCAUGUAAACAAUACACUUAUUAAUUAACACUAUGCAAACAAGUCUCUUCCAUACAGAUAAGUCUUAUCUUACAAAAUGUAUUGACAUUAACAUGUCAUGUCUACAAAAGUCUUUAGACGAGUCUUUUCUACCAAAAUAUAUUGAUAAGUCAUGACUACCAAAAUCUAUAUACAAGAAUUGUCUACCAAAACUUGUCUACAAUGGAGAGAAGAACAAGAGGCAGCUUCUGUAUCAACAACGCUCAAAUCUCCUCAAUUUCACUGCACUACAUUCAGUGUAUUACAGAGGAAAAAUGUGUGCCUUGGUGUAGUACCGGGAUAUUUUUAUAUACUUUUUAACAGUUUAAUCAGAAUAUGAAAAAAUCACUAGAUACUUAUUUACAUAUGAAAAUCAGUGAUAUUUUCUAUGCCAAAUUUUUUUUUCUUCUAUUGAUAAGAGAGAAUGUUUCAAGAAUUUGAAAUACUUUGAAAAUAUGAGCAGCAUAUGUGAAAAUAACGUUAAUUUCGUUUUGUGAAGAGCAAUACAUUAUACUAUAGUUAAAACAAUUGUUUACGGUAUUUUUAAACAGGAUUAUAUAACUUAUAUACCCGUUAUCUCAAAAUUUCCGAUUUGUUGAGUUCAUUCUAUUGUGUUAAUGGAAUAUUUCAUAUGAUAAAAUUUGUUGUUAUACUUUCAUGUUAAAUACUGAAAUCUGAUUGGUUAAGACGCAGUUAAUAAUAUUUACUAUUACCCUCAGCGUUAGCAACGCACUUGGCAACGGGUAAUAUUAAAAAAUGUUACAUGCGCGAAAGUUAUGCGCGUACGGUUCGCUGUAUAAUUCACGUUAUUCCUAUAUAAAAGCAGUAAAAUUUUCUUAAAAUUUUU